AUGGCGGACAUGGAAAAGGAGAUUCUGUUUUUGAGGCAGGUUUGGCGUUUCAUGUUGCCGAAGGAGUUGCGGCCGUACAUUCCCCUGUAUGAGGAUAACGAGGGUGCUAUCCAGAUCGCAAAACACCCGAUCUUGAAUUCCAACUCGAAGCACAUCGAUGUGCUACACCACUUCCUCAGGCAGCUCGUAGAUGAGAAGGAGGUAGAGAUCGUCCACGUAGCGUCGCAAUAUCAGCAUGCUGACUUCCUUACGAAUGUCCUACCUGAGAGAGGGUUUGUGUUCCACAGGGACUUCGUGAUGAAUUUGAAGUGAUUUGUCUCAGUGAUUUAUUUGCUUUUGUUUCUUUUGUUAUUUCGCUUUACUUAUUGAUGAAUUGAUUUUCUGGAAAGUUGGAUUCAAAAAUUGACCUAUGGGAGCUCUUGGAAGUGAUUCUGGUUUAAUGGGUGUGGCUUUGAUUUUAAACCUGUGGGAAUUAUAACGAGUGUUUCUGGUUUAAGGGUUUGUAGUGUCACGACAAGAAUGGAAUAAUAUAUAUGAGGUGGUGGGACUGUCGAACGCUAAUGUUUGUUUCCAGGGAGAUGUAUAUGGCACGGGAAUGGGUGUGCAGUAGUAGUGAUAGAUAGCAAUUAAACUGUCUGUGGAAAAGAGGGUUUCGUCCUCGACAGACGUUUGGGGAGUUUCAACCUUUAUGAAGGUGGUCUCCACAUUACCCGCCCCUUUUUCGAGGCUCUUCUUGUUUGCUAGGCAAGAGAAGUCUGCUUGGGAAAGCGGAACCCGACCGGCUGGCGGCGAGUUGAACCACCUUUUUUCCAACAAUCUUCUGUUCGUGUGUGCGGGUGCGCCACUUCCGCCACGCAUUGCCAGAAGUUUCGAGUUCGAUAGACAGUGCAUCGUUUCGUGGCCCACCCACCGUUUUUCAUUUUUCCGUACUCCGGAAGAAAAUUAGGUGAGCAGCGGGUUUUGAACCGGUGUCUUUUGCAACCAAAAGCAGACACGUUGACAUCUCUUCGUCGACACCACUGUGGAAAAGAGGGUUU